AUGUUGGUUAUCCAUGGCGGAUGUAUGCAACUGUUGCCGCAUGACCUCUCUGGACGCUUGUCUCAGUGGACUUUGCCCACAGCGACAGACUUACGAUUGUGCCGACAUGCUGUUAUGUCAAGCAUGCCUGGGAAGACCGGGAAAACUCAAAAAAUCGAUACCG